UUUCGGGCUAAGAAGUCGCUUUCGAGUGUACGCGGAUAGUAUUGGGCUUAAUAAAAACGGAUUAAAAAAACACAGUCAAAAACAAUGCAACAGCUAUGGAAAUAAAUUAAGAAGGAGUUUUUGUGAGAAGAGAGAAAACAUAAAUAUAUUAUCAAAUUAAAGAAUAACUACAGAGAAGUGAAAUAUCUUUGUUUUCUUUAAAGAUGGCUUUGUCGUCGGUGAAAUUAUCAGCAGCCACCGGAAACAGUUCAACAUGGAAGAGCAGACAUCACAGCAACCAGCAUCCGCGACAUCAUCGAGCUCAACACCAACAUCAGCAUCAGCUCAAGACAAACAAAUGUAGGCAUGACGACCGUGCCACUACCAAAAGCAUCAGAUGUCCAACCCACUUCAAAAGCAGCGGAGGCGGCAGCCAAAACCGAAACAGUAGCUGUAGCAGCAGGCCAAAGUGUUCGUGGUUGCUGUUUCUGGGUACGGUGAUGUCCUUAUUGCCGCUUAAUGUUAUGGCCAAUCGCCUCUCCGAUACGAAACUCCAUGAAAUUCUAUUGGACAAUAAAGAAAUCAAGCUCAGCUGGAUGGUGGAUUGGUACAAACAGGAAGUGUUAUUCCACCUGCAAAAUGCCUUCAACGAACAACAUCGAUGGUUCUAUCUGGGCUUCUCUAAGCGCGGUAACAGGGGCGAUGCUGAUGUUUGUUUUUUCGAGAAUCAAAAUGGAUUUUUCAAUGUCGUGACGGAUACCUACACCAGUUCGGAUGGCAAGUAUGUGCACAAGGACUAUCAACAGGAUUGCGUGCUUUUCAAAAUGGAUGAAUCGACGUUGGCGUUUAAGAGGAAAUUCGAUACAUGUGAUCCUUCGGACUUUCGCUUCCAUGAAGGCACAAUGUACAUCAUGUGGGCAAGAGGGGAGAAUGAAUUGGAAUUAACGGAUUAUCAAUUCCCAUUUCCCAAUGUAUCCACACAAGAGUCGGGCGUUAAAAUGAUGCAACUGCUGAGGGCAGAUAAAAUUCUUGUGCCAGAAACUGACCUGAAACAAGUCGAAGUGACACUCAAUAAAGUGACAGUGCCUGACAAAGAAACCACUUACUGGUGUCAUAUACAAAAGCUUGACAGUUUCCUGCAACAAAAGCAUCACAUUGUUCAAUUUGAGCCCAUCAUUACGACACCAGGAAUCGUCCAUCACAUGGAAGUCUUCCAUUGCGAAACAGACUGGGACGUGGAGAUUCCGCUAUACAAUGGCGAUUGUCAGCAAAUGCCCGCCGAGGCAAAAGUGUGCUCGAAAGUUAUUGCAUUGUGGGCUAUGGGAGCCAGCACAUUCACAUAUCCCCCGGAGACGGGUUUGCCCAUUGGCGGCAAGGCUUACAAUCCUUACAUUCGCUUGGAGGUGCACUUCAAUAAUCCGGAAUUGGAGAAAGGUCAUGUCGAUAGUUCAGGACUGCGCAUUAAGAUGGUCUCAAAACUGAGGCAAUUCGAUGCGGGCGUAAUGGAAUUGGGCCUGGAGUACACCGACAAAAUGGCCAUACCACCUGGUCAAGUGGCAUUUCCUUUGAGUGGUUAUUGCAUUGCUGAAUGCACAGAAUUGGCUCUUCCGCCAACAGGCAUAGUCGUUUUUGGUUCCCAGCUGCAUACCCACCUGCGCGGAGUACGCAUACUGACGCGACAUUUUCGUGGCUCAGAGGAAUUACGUGAACUAAACCGCGAUGAUUAUUAUUCACAUCAUUUCCAGGAAAUGAGAAAUUUGCAUUACAAACCACGUGUUUUACCGGGUGAUGCUCUGGUUACCACCUGCUACUAUAACACCAUCGGCUAUGAGAAGGCAACGCUUGGCGGUUUCUCCAUUAGCGAUGAGAUGUGCGUUAAUUAUAUGCAUUACUAUCCCGCCACCAAAUUGGAGGUCUGCAAGAGCUCAGUAUCGGAGGAUGCCCUGGAGAAUUACUUUAUUUAUAUGAAAAAGAAGGAGCAUCAACAUCACAUACAUUUGAAUGGAGCACGUUCCAAGAAUUAUCGCAACAUCAAGUGGACCCAGCAACGGGUCGACCAAUUGUACACCAUGUAUAUUGAGGAACCACUUAGUAUGCAAUGCAACAAAUCCGAUGGUCUCCGCUUCGAUGGCUAUGAGUGGGAGGGUGCCCCCAUAACGCCCAUACAAAUCAAAAUACCCAUGCAUCGUAAAGUCUGUCCCAACUACAAUCCUUUGUGGCUGAAACCCUUGGACAGGGGCGAAUGCGAUUUACUGGGCGAGUGCAUAUACUAAGCGCGGAAGGAGCAUAGUAACAAACGGACGGACAGCUGGACAAUGUUGCCAUAAUAAAACGAAGGAGCAGUACCAACUAGAAAUUGUUACAAAUGAUAAGAAUUAUUUUUUAUGUUGUUUUCUCCAGUUCUUUGUUUGGUUAGUUUUCAGUUGAACAAACACAUGCUGUUGGUUCAGUGCCUUUGUUUUGUUUUUUGUUGUUGUUGUUGUUUUUUUUUUUUGGUCCUUAACUCUACAUAUUCGGGUUGAUGGCAUACAAUGUGUGUGUUGAAGGUUCACUGGCAGUGUGUGUCUAAUGCCAGCAGAUUAAGUUGUAUUAUUUUAUAUCAGUCCGAUGAAGUUGGGAGUGGGAAAGGUCACCACCAUGUUGCCAUGACCACUGUUUUGCAUAUCUCCAUUGUAUUCUCUGUGGCAAUGGGGAUGUAUAACUCGGAUGAAGUUGUGGUUAAUGCCUUUAAAUAUUGUCUUCAUCAGCCAGUGCUUGUAACAGACCUUGUCAGUUUUGUGUUUGCUGUGUAGUUUUAAUGUUGUUUAAAAUGCAAAUGAGUUCGCAUAGAUUUUAGCCCGUCUUUGUCUGCGGUGUGUGUGUGUGUUUGUAUGGCAUUACAGACAAAUGAAGAUAAUCAGCCAUAGCCUCAAAACAUAUUCUUUGCUAAUUCACCGAAAAAUCAAGCAACUCAGUUGAUUUUGCAUAGUAAAGAACAAUUUUGAAUGUAUAUUAUGCCGUCUGCUUAACGAAGGACGAAAGCAAAGGAAGAUAUUCCAAUUUUCAUGUCUUACUUGCGAAUCUUGAAAUUGUAAUGAGAUUAGAGCGCAUUUUCGAGAAUCAAAGUUGUUCAACUCUGAGAAAGAAAUAAUUGUGACUUGGACUUAGUUUAGUACAAAUCAUGUCAUACCAUUGCCAUGCACAUGACUCUGGGCGCAAUUUCCUUGGAAAGAAUGUUUCAACUAAUCUUUCUUAAUCCAAGUCCUGCCCCAACUCUGGGGUGGCAUUACUUUGUUCUGCACUUUUUAGUACCUUAAAAAUUAGUUUCCGAAAUCUAUGCCUCCAGUGGCAUAAUAUCCCAAAAUUUCAUGAUUCUAGCUUUGGUUCCUACUUUAAACGGCAAAACACCUUAUCAAUUGUUUUCUUUGAACUCUUAUUUGGAUGGAAAGAGAAUUUACCAUCCUAGUUAUGUACAUAUCCCCGUAAUCUGUUAAGUUGGAUUUUUUUGCUGAUAUCUUGAUAAGUUUCCAUCGCUAGUCCACAACGUAUCAAAUUUACUGAAUAUAGUAUCAUGCCGUCUCCAUGAUUAAAGGGAUCGUGUUGGCCUCAUAGGACUACGAUCGUAUUUGCGAAAUUUCAAUAAAUGUUUUUUUACCCUCCACCAUAGAAGGGGGGUAUACAAGUUUCGUCAUUCUGUUUGCAACACCUCGAAAUAUGCGUCUAAGACCCCAUAAAGUAUAUUGGGUUGCCUAAAAAGUAAUUGCUAUAUUUUGUAAUUGCUUUAAAUUGCAUAAACGAUUGAGGAGCAACCAACCAGUUGCAAUAGAAGCUAUAAAAACGCCAAUGGGCCAAUAUUUCUAACUUAUUUUUAAGUAAAUUGAUUAAAGAAGUAUUUUUUAUACCCUCCACCAUAGGAUGAUGGGUAUACUAAUUUCGUCAUUCUGUUUGUAACUACUCGAUAUAUUCGUCUGAGACCCCAUAAAGUAUAUAUAUUCUUGAUCGUCUUGACAUUUUAAAUCGAACUAGCCAUGUCCAUCCGUCUGUCGGUCCGACUGUCCGUCCGUCCGUCCGUCUGUCUGUCGAAAGCACGCUAACUUUUGAAGGAGCAAAGCUAACCGCUUCAAAUUUUGCAAUAAUACUUCUUAUAGGUGUAGGUCGGUUGGGAUGGUAAAUGGGCCAAAUCGGUCCAUGUUUUGAUAUAGCUGCCAUAUAAACCGAUCUUGGGUCUUGACUUCUUGAGCUUGUAGAGGGCGUAAUUCUCCUCCAAUUCGACUGAAAUUUUGUACGUAGUGUUAAGAUAUCACUUCCAACAACUGUGCUAAGUAUGGUCAAAAUCGGUACAUAGCCUGAUAUAGCUGCCAUAUAAACCGAUCUCGGAUCUUGACUUCUUUAGCUUUUAGAAGGCGCAAUUCGUAUCCAAUUUGGGUUUAAUUUUGCACAUUGUGUUUUGGUAUUAUUUUCAACAUUUGUACGAAGUAUAGUCCAAAUUGGUCCAUAAUCCGAUAUAGCUGCCAUAUAAACCGAUCUUGGGUCUUGACUUCUUUAGCUUUUAGAAGGCGCAAUUCUUAUCCGAUUUGUCUGUAAUCUUGUUAAGGUGUUUUAUUAUGGCUUCCAAUAACUAUGCUGUGUUAAUCGGUUAAUAACCUGAUAUAGCUGUGAUAUAAACCGAUAUUGGGUCUUGAAUUUUUGAGCCACUAGAGGGCGCAAUUAUUAUCCGAUUUGGCUAAAAUUUUGCGUGAGGUGUUUUAUUAUAACUUCCAACAACUAUGCUGAGUAUGGUCAAAAUCAGUUCAUAACCUGAUAUGGCUGCCAUAUAAACCGAUCUUGGAUCUUGACUUCUUGAGCUACUAGAGGGCGCAAUUCUUAUCCGAUUUGAAUGAAACUUUGCAUGAAGUAUUUCGUUAUGAUAUCCAACAACUCUUGACUUCUUGAGCUACUAGAGGGCGCAAUUCUUAUCCGAUUUGAAUGAAACUUUGCAUGAAGUAUUUCGUUAUGAUAUCCAACAACUGUGCCAAGUAUGGUUCAAAUAUAGCUGUCAUAUAAAUCGAUCUGUGGACCAGACUUCUUGAGCUUCUAGAGGGCGCAUUUCCUAUCCGAUUUGGCUGAAAUUUUGCAUGACGUUUUUUAUUAUGACUUUCAACAACUGUGCCAAACAAGGUUCAAAUCAGUUCAUAAUCUGAUAUAGCUGCCAUAUAAACCGAUCUGCGAUCUUGACUUCUUGAGCCUCUAGAGGUCGCAAUUAUUAUCCGAUUCAUCAACAUUCGUGUUAAUUAUGGUCUGAAUCGGUCUAUAGCCUGAUAUAAUCGAUCUCUCUAUUUUAUUUCUUGAGCCCCCAAUGGGCGCAAGUCUUAUUCGAAGUGGCUGACAUUUUACACAGGUCUCCAACAUAAAAUUUAAUUGUGGUCCAAACCGGACCAUAUCUUGAUAUCGCUCUAAUAGCAGAGCAAAUCUUUUCUUUUAUGUUUUUUUUUUUUGCCUAAGAAGAGAUGCCGGGAAUGAACUCGACAAAUGCGAUCCAUAGUGGAGGGUAUAUAAGAUUCGGCUCGGCCGAACUUAGCACGCUUUUACUUGUUUCCACUAUAUACGUCACUUUUUAGUACCUAAGCACAGGAUUUACAAUUUUUUAUACCCUACAGCACCACUGUGGUACAGGGUAUUAUAGAUUUGUGCAUUUGUUUGCAACGCCAAGAAGAAAAAGGAAAGCUAGACCCAUCGAUUAUUAUACGGAUCGGCUUAGAAUCACUUCCUGAUUCGAUUUAGCUAUGUCCGUCUGUCUGUAUUCUUGUAAUCAAGGUACAGGUCGCAUUUGUUGUCCGAUUUUCACAAAAUUUUGCUUAAGUCUCUUUUUUAGUCCAAGGACGAACGCUAUUGAUUUUGAAUAUAAAUAAUCGGUCCAGAUUUAGAUAUAGCUCCCAUAUAUAUUUAUCUUUCAUCCGAUGUGCCCUUUUAUAGCUGUAGGAGCCACAAUUUUGGUCCGAUCUUUAUCAAAUUUGGCACGAAGUGCUUUUUGCAACGUUCCAAUACGUGUGCAAAAUUUCAUCUUAAUAGGUUCAGAUUUAGAUAUAGCUCCCAUAUAUAACUUUAAUCCGAUUGGACCUAUUAAGGCUGUAGAAGGCACAAUUUUUGUUCGAUCUUUACCAAAUUUGGCACGAAGUGCUUUUGACGAUGUCCCAAUUUGUGUUCGAAAUUUCAUCAGAAUCUGAUCAGAUUUAUAUAUAGCUCCCAUAUAUAUCUUUCUUCCGAUAUGUUCUUUUAAGGCUGUAGAAUGCACAAUUUUGGUCCGAUCUUUACCAAAUUUGGCACGAAGUACUUUUUAUGACGUCCCAAUAUGUGUGCAAAAUUUUAUUAGAAUCGGAACAGAUCUAUAUAUAGAUCCCAUACAUAUCUUUCAUCCGAUAUGCCCUUUUAAAGCUGGAGUAGCUACAAUUUUGGCCGAUCUCUGCAAAAUUGUUAAUGAUAUGUUUUAAUUGACAUCCCAAUACGUUUGCAAAAUUUCAUCAAAAUCGAAUCAGAU